UUCACCGGUAAAAGAUGAAAGACAUCAAGUGGUGUCGGCACUCGGCACAACUAUUAGGCUGUUGUGCUGCAGUUUGACCUCCCCUGCACCAAAAUCAAAAUCAGAGAAGCCUCCAUCGAUGAAGUCCAGAGUUUUUAAAAUUACCGCCAAAGCGACGAAAACUCUGUACCUCGCAACCGCAACCGGCGUUGCUGGUUUCACCUUGCAUACAGCGAACCCUACUCUCAUUCCCUUCUCCAACGAUUCUCCCAUCGUCUCUGCAGCUUCAGAUUUCACCGAGAAGAUCACUACUGGAUUUCAUGGCGUUCUUCGCUCCUCUCGUGCUGUUUACACCAUCACUUUGAAUAUUGUUGAUUAUAAGUAUUCUUUACAUGGUCUACCUUGGGAAUCUGAAGAGUAUCGCCGGACCUUGUCUGAGGUUCACCUACGCUCAGCAAAGAGGAUUUUGAAAUUAUGUGAAGCUAAUAAAGGGUUCUAUGUGAAAGCUGGUCAAUUUGUUGCAGCCUUGCGGCAAGUUCCUAAGGAAUAUUCAUCAACUCUUUCCUCCUUGCAGGACCAGGCGGUUCCAUGUGAAUUCAAAGCUAUUAAAAGAGCACUGAUCAACAACCUGGGGCAGGAUUUGUCUGAGGUAUUUUUGGCAUUCAACGAACAACCAACUGCGGCUGCAUCAAUUGCUCAAGUUCACCAUGCAGUGUUGAAAGAUCAUCAGGAAGUGGCAGUUAAGGUACAAUACCCUGGCCUAGAGAACCAGAUGAAAUUUGAUGUCAGAACCAUGGCUAUCCUGUCAAACUGCGUUGCUUGGAUUUUUCCUGAGUACCGGUUUAAGUGGAUUGUAUCGGAAUUUGAGAAGACAAUAUCUUUGGAACUAGACUUUGUUCAGGAAGGGAAAAACUCUGAGAGAACAGCCAAAAAUUUCAAGAAGAACAAGAUGGUCAAGGUUCCUCGUGUAUUUUGGGAUUUGACGAGUAGGCAGGUUUUGACUAUGGAGUUUUGCAAUGGCCAUAAGGUUGAUGACUUGGAAUCUAUGAAGGAAUUCGGUAUUAAUCCGACAAAGGUUGCCAAAGCUUUAGUGGAAGUGUUUGCUGAAAUGAUAUUUGUUCAUGGUUUUGUGCAUGGAGACCCCCAUCCGGGAAACAUACUAGUUUCUCCAAAUGGUCCUAAUGGUUUCUCUCUAGUGCUAUUGGAUCAUGGGAUCUAUAAAGAGUUGGAUGAAGAAUUCAGAUUGGAUUAUUGUCAGCUAUGGGUGUCUCUUAUUCUUCUGGACUCAAAUAAAAUUCAGGAGCUUGGUGAACGGUUUGGUGUUGGGAAGUACUCUAUGUACUUCCCUGUUAUUUUUACUGGAAGAACCAUUGACAGUAAAUCAGCCCUUGGGAGAGGAAUGUCAAAUGAAGAAAGAAAGAAACUGAAGCAAGAACUGGAGUCUAUUAGUAUGGGGGAUUUUUCUUCAUUUAUGGAAACUUUGUCACCAAACUUUCUUACAAUAUUACGUGCAGAUGGACUAGUGAAAUCUACCAUAAGCAAGCUAGGUGCUUCACAAAGGCUGCGUUUGCUUGUAUAUGCUAAAUACGCAGCAUAUGGUUUGUCAACGGAGUUGAAUACUGAAACUGGUUAUACAGUUAGGUUUGUGUUCUCCAGAUUCAAGAAAAUGAAAAGCUAUAUUCAAUUAAGAUUGAUUCUUGAUAUGCUGGAGCUGCAUUUGAGGAUGGAAGAUCUUGCACAUUUGCUCAUGAACAAGUUGAAAAAUAUAUGGUUGAAUCUUGGUUAUUUUUUAGCAGUAAUUCAUUCACUUUUGGCCUGAGAAAUUGUGAAUAGGUGACCUGCGGCAGUAAACAUUGUGUACAGGUAAAGACAGAAGACAAUAUGAUAAGAAAAUUGGAAAUAAGAAAUUAUAACCAGAGUCUGAUAAUGCUUCAAGGCGUUUACAGAUGGUUUAUACGAGCCAAACAGUAUUCUAUAGAAUUUCCAUUUGAAUUUUUAUUAUUUAUCAGGUCAGCGAAGACAAGAUUUUCUUUUCUUUGCACUUUAUAAUCGGGCUUAAUUUCCAAUUGAUGUAUUUUUCUGAAAGCAAAAAAGGAAUGGAAGCAGUUUGAAGGGAAACGUUUGAUCUCAUGUAUUAGUGUUGUGUUUCUGGGUUAGUACUGAGGAAGGUUACAUGCAUCUACCUGCAUGCAUGAAUGAUUACAUUCAAUUUGGAACCAUUAUUUUUUGUUUUAUGCUUAGUGGGUUUAUGAAGAUCUACAGAAAGCAUCACAUAUUUUAUGUGGUAA